GUUUCAGCGAUGUAGUACAAUUUUUUCGUUCAAGCGGUAAACUACGCCCACGUGCUUCGUGCCUUUUCCAGAUUUGUCUCAGUUUCCGGCCUUUGCAUUGCACUUUCGAUUAUCCCAACCAACUCCGUUUUUUUUGUGAAUUAAGUUUAUAAUUAAAAAAAUACCAAUUAAUUAGUCAUGGAUAACUUUAUGGAUAACGACAUGAUUGACGACAUCGUUGAUGCCAUGGAUAACGCUAUGGUCAGCGACAUGGUCGAUGCCAUGGAUGGCGCCAUGGGAAAUUACAUGGAUAACGCCAUGAGCAAUUACAUGAAUAACGACUUCGACGACGAUGUCUUCGUCAUGGACGACUUCGACAACGAGGAUGGCCUGGAUAACAUCAUGGCGAACGGUGAAAACGACGAACAGGACGAGUAUGUGCACGUGAUGGAAGUAGAAAAGUUUCUCGUCGUUGAUCCCGAGGAAGACGAAGAUCUUUCAGAAAUAGUGCUCGCUCGACUCAACAAAAAGAUCAACACUUUCGACAAAGAUUUAGAUGGCACGAUUCUCGAAAUCAGAGAUGCCGUUAUCACUGGACAAGGUAGAAUAUUUUCCGACGACGAAAGCGUCCGCAAUCUUGUCAAGGUGCAGGCCACGUUUUUCGUAUUGAAGCCGUACGCACGGCCGGACACAGAUAUGGAGGGAAGUGACGAAAGCCGUUGCAACUCCGCUCAGUCCGUAAAGAGCGAGACGCACGAGAUGAGCGAAGAAGCCAACGGCUUGGCGAUCAGAGCUUGAUCUAGAGAUAACAACACACACGCACGUGGCGAUACGAAGUCUCUCAUUUUCUUGAUGAUUCGAGCCGCUGUGCGUUCACUCGAGACUUCGAAUAGUUUUUAUUUAUCGAAUAUGUAAUUACAUAUUGAUUAUGUAUUAGAAAAUAAUUGUAUAAAGCUGUAACAUACACAUAUAUAGUUCUAAAAGAAUCAUCGAGUCACUAGAAAAGCUGGGUAGCCAAGAUGAGUUUUGAUAUUAUUUUGACUAAAAUGAUGAUGAUUCCGUUUAUAGGCAAAAUAAAGUAUUUCGCUCAUCUUAUGUAUUAUUAUCAAUAAUAGUUUAACAAUGGUGUAAAAAAAGCGUAACCAUAAUAAUUUGUUACGAAAUAAAAAAAACCGUUUACAAAUGUUA